AUGGGGCUUUUAACAAUAAUACGAAAACAGAGGCUUAAAGAUCGAGAAAUGAGAAUUCUCAUGUUGGGACUCGACAACGCAGGUAAAACAACAAUAGUUAAAGCUCUUUUAGGAGAAGAUGUAAAAACCAUUAGUCCCACUUUAGGCUUUAAUAUUCGAACAUUAGAGCAUGGGAAAUAUAAAGUAAACAUUUGGGACGCUGGAGGACAGCGUACUCUUAGACCGUUUUGGAAAAAUUACUAUGAAGAUACAGACGGUUUAAUAUGGGUUGUUGAUGCUACAGCAUUAGAUAGACUAGAAGACUGUCGAGUUGAACUUCAAAAAGUCUUGACUGAGGAUCGACUAGCAGGUGCUUGCUUGUUGAUAAUGGUAAAUAAACUUGACGCAAUAGGUGAUGAAAUUUUAAAGAAAAAAGUGGUUCAACAAGUUGAAAAGGUCUUAAUGCUAGGUAAAGUUGACUCUACUCAUUCUUGGAAAGUUAUUGGUUGUAGCGCUUACGAUGGAACCAAUCUUCAAGAAGGGUUGGAUUGGGUUGUUGAUGAAAUUAAAAGUCGACUAUUUCUUUUGGAUGAUUGA